GGCCUGGCCAUCGCCCAUGCCCGACCGCCCACAGGCCCGGCCCUGUAGUUCCUCUCUUUUUGGUUCCCCGAAUUGAAUUUAGGGUUAGGUUUUUCAAAAUCUCUCGAUUCCUCGGAAAUUUCAUUCAGGAAUGGGGAGGAGAGGGAGUUCGAAAGCGGCGAAAAUGGAGGAAUAUUCGUCGUCGGAAGAAGACAGAAGAAAGCGGAAAUCCCCAAUUGAAGCGGCGAGCGAUGACGAUGACGCCGAGGCCAACGAAGAUCUCAGUCUCAAAAUCGUUCAGAAAUCCAUGCGGCGAGCCGCUAAGAAUGAUCCCUGGGGAGACGGCGUAGCGGAAGUAGUUGAGAAUUUGAAGGAAGAGCGGAGUAAGAGAGAGAAGAAGAAGAAGAGGAGAAAGAGCAAGGAAGUUGAGCUUCCUGGAGAUGCCGUAACAAAUGAGAUAGAUGCGGGUUUUAAAGAUUUCUGCGGAGAAUUGUUUCUGGUGGAUAAUGUCAAGGAGAAAGAUAAACCAGAGAUUGACAACACUGCCGAGGUUGCUAGUAUAGCUGUCGAAACCAAUCCUGUUGAAGUGUCAGAUAAUGCUGUCCUGAGGAAACUUCUCCGGGGGCCGAGGUACUUUGAUCCUCCUGAUAACAGUUGGGGGGCAUGCUAUAAUUGUGGCGAAGAGGGUCACACGACUGUCAACUGUACUUCAGCUAGGCGAAAGAAACCUUGCUUUGUUUGUGGGAGUUUUGAACAUAAUGCAAAACAAUGUUCUAAGGGGCGAGAUUGCUUUAUCUGCAAGCAACAAGGUCACCGUGCUAAAGAUUGCCCUGAGAGGUACAAGAGUUCAAAGAUAUGUCUAAAAUGCGGAGAUUUAGGGCAUGAAAUGUUCUCGUGUAGGAAUGACUAUUGCCCAGAUGAUUUGAAGGAAAUACAAUGUUAUGUUUGUGGGACAUAUGGCCAUCUUUGUUGUAAAGAUUAUGGCGAUCCUGGACCCAAAGCAUUUUCUUGUUAUAGAUGUGGUCUCUCCGGCCAUACGGGUUUGGCUUGCUCUGGCUUUCAUAGCCGUUGGGAUACAAAUGAUAAAGCACCUGAUAGUUCAUGCUACAAGUGCGGCAUAGUAGGACAUUUUGCACGCGAAUGCACCAGCUCAAUGAAGGCUAGUAAGAGAAACCGUGAACCAUCAACACCCAAGCACAAAUCUCCCAAAAAGAAGAGGGAUCAUUUGGAGACCCGGUCCGCCUCACAUGAUAUUGGAAAGGCAUGGAAAGGGAAGAAAUCCAAGGGCAUUGAAUUUUAUUCCGCUGCAAAACCAAAGCAUAAAGGUGGUUGGAUUACUGAAGACCCCGGAGAUUAUCAUAGCAGUAAAAGCCAAGAUAAUUACUGGAGAUCCCCAGCUACCCCAAGAGAUAGAAAAUCUAGGAAUCCCUAUUCAAAUGGUGAUUAUGCAUCAAGUUCUCAUUCUUCUAAAAGGCCUAGAAAGAUCAAUUUUAAUGAUUCUCCAUCAAACGGGUCAAAUAGGUAUCAUCAGCGUAGAUAUACGGCAUCAAGAUUCGGCAAUAAUAGCAACGGUUAUGGUGGCGUGGGAAGAAACGAUGAUUGGUGGUAAAUUUUUUUAUUUCAAGGAGGUGUGUGCGGGACUAUCAGAUGCCGUCCUAGGCCUUGCACGGGGAUGUUUAAGCAGUCACGAGCAGCUGAUGCCGGAGGUUUUUGUACCCCCUCUGCAAGACAUUAUAUACAGGAGUAUGCUGAAAAGUGGCAAUUAGGCUUGUGGAAAUGGAAUAUUGCAUACUUACCGUCUGCCGUGAAGCCAAAGCAUGGCCCUCCUUAGAUACACAGGAUAAUGUUGCCCACUUUUCAGUUAAUUAUCUUUCGGUAAUUUGCAUUUUGUUGUGUUUGUGUUUUUUUUAUAUAGAUCAUUCUUCUUUCCUUCACCCAACUGGGUAUGUAAUCUGUAAUUUUGAAACGUGUUACAAUUUCUCCAUGUGUUAUAAUUUUAUAUCUUAUGUUACCGGA